CCACUCAUGAAUCGCAACUUUACCCUUUCUUUACAUGGUUUUGUAUAAUGUAGUAUUGCCAUACGUGUUUCAUGGUAUAGAAGCUCGGUUUCUCGUGGCUAUGCGUCGUAUUUGAAAAAGAAAAAGUACUGGUCCCUACAUAAUAACCACAGCAGAAUGGAGGGACGUGAUCUGUCCAGAGAGCCCUGUCCUGAUAGGAUAGUCGAAGAUAUGGGUGGUGCCUUUGGAAUGGGAAGCAUUGGCGGCUUUCUCUGGAAUUUUGGCAAAGGCCUGUACAAUGCUCCGAGGGGAGUUAUGUUUCAAAACGCUUUAUAUGCGGCUAGCUCAAGGGCUCCCGUUCUUGGCGGUAACUUUGCUGUUUGGGGUGGUACAUUCUCCUCCUUUGACUGCACCUUUCAAGCUAUACGUAAAAAGGAGGACCAUUGGAACGCAAUUGCAAGUGGAUUCGCUACAGGCGGUGUCUUGGCCAUGAGAGGAGGUUUGAGACAUGCCUCCAGGAACGCCCUCAUUGGUGGUUUAUUGUUGAGUAUCAUAGAGGCUGUUUCCGUCAUUAUCGGAACUCGUUUUGGUGACACACCUAGGCAUCAAUUUCAGAAGCAGCUCCAGGAUCAGAAAGCAUUAAAGAACACGAAUGAUAAUAAUGCAAUGCCAAUAAACACUAAUCCGACAUAAUGUUUUAUUGUGUAUAUAAACUUUACUAGAUUACCAAGAUGGGCGGUUGCUUAUGAUUGCAAUUUCAUGGAUCAUAUAGGGGUAUUCUAGAGUCUCAACGUUGAUGUUUGGAUGCCUCGAGAUUGCCAUGGAAUACACGAC